AGCAAGAUAUAAAGCAUAUAGGAGUAUAUGGAAGUUCAGCCAACUUUCCCAAAAAAAUGUCUGAUAAGUCCGAGGUUCCCGAUAAGCCUGACAAGCUUGACAAGUUUCUCGCUGGUGGAGAUAUUAUUCUCAACUGUCUCAUUCCCAGAGAGGGGAGAAAUAUUUUCAAUGUAACGAUAUCUAAUGCUAACAAUAAUAGAGUCUCUUCUCUUGCGGAGGCAAUCAGAAUCUGUCAUCUAGAUCGAUUUCAAGAUAUAGAUUCGACCAGCUUGGCUUUAUAUAAGGUCGCCUUCAUAUCUGAUAGCGUAGUAAUCCACAACUUGAGUAACAACGAAUACUUCAAAGUAGAGGGUGCUGAAAGAAUGGAACCGCAAGACAGAAUUUUUACUCACUUCUUCAUGCAACCUCAACAAAUCUAUGGUGGUGAAAAGGGAAUCAAUGUUAUCAUGUAUCCUUCCACUGAAAGGGUGCCAAAAGUACUAAGCAAAGAUAAUUAG